GGGUUUUACAGAUACGACAAAGAAAUGGUGAAACGACCUCCACGAUCAACGCCGCCGCCGCCGCCGCCGCAGCCGCCGAGACCUCCACUGCCCCUGCUGCUGCCUGUAAUGCCCGCUGCUUCACCUUACGUUGGUGAUUUGGACCCCGAGGUUACAGAGUCGGAACUCGGCGACAAGUUCGCUCUGAUCGCACCACUUCAUUCCGUUCGCGUUUGCCGCUCCAUCGUAACUGGCGAGUCUCUUUGCUACGGUUACGUCAACUUCUGGUCUCCUUCUGACGCAUCAAAGGCUAUGGCUUGUCUAAAUCACACGGACUUGAAGGGAAAAUCAAUGAGGAUAAUGUGGUCUCAGAAAGACCCUUCACUUAGAAAGAGUGGUGUUGCCAACCUUUUUGUGAAGAACCUUGACCCUUCUAUCAGCUCUGCCCAUCUACACAGCAUCUUCGGCAAAUUUGGGAUUGUACUUUCUUGCAAGGUGGCUGAAGAAAAUGGCAAGAGUAAGGGUUUUGGAUAUGUGCAGUUUGAUAAAGAGGAAGCGGCUAUGGCUGCCCAAACUACUCUACACGAUACCAUGCUUGAAGGGAAGAAGUUAUACGUGUCAAAAUUUGUAAAGGAUAGUGAGAGGAAAGCGGCUGCUGAAGUAAAUUUUACCAAUCUCUAUGUGAAUAAUCUGGCUGACAACAUGACAGAGGACAUCUUGAAAGAUACAUUUUCUAAUUUUGGAGAGGUCAGCAGUGUUCAGAUCAUGAAGGAUAAUGAGGGAAAUUCAAGAGGUUUUGGAUUUGUCUGUUUCUAUUCUCCAGAUGAUGCUAAGAAUGCUUUGGCAAACAUGAAUGGUGUACAACUGGGUUCAAAAACUUUGUUUGUUGGGAGGGCUCAAAAGAAAUCAGAAAGAACAAAGAUGUUGAAACAUGCACACAAGGACAUGUUUGACAGCCAUAUGGGGAAGUUGAAGGCUUCAAAUUUGUAUGUCAAGAACCUCAGUAACUCCAUUGAUGACCAAAAAUUGAAGGAGAUUUUUGUUACCCAUGGAACAAUAACCUCUGCAAGAGUGAUGCGAUAUGAUAAUGGGAUGAGUAAAGGAUUUGGCUUUGUCAGUUUCUCCACACCUGAAGAAGCAAAGGCUGCUUUGGAUGAACUUAAUGGAGCUGUUCAUGAAGAGGGAAGACCUUAUAUGGCAAUAGCUCAAUGUAAAGAAGAUCGCUUGAAAGAAGCACAAAACAAUAAGAAAAAGUUACAGAAUACCUCUACACUUCCCUUAAAUCCUUCUAGCAGUGGUAUUACUUAUGCUCAAUUCCAACCAUUAUGCUUCAGUUUACCUACCUGCCCUCCUUCAUAUGCUCCAGUGUACCAGUCAUUUGUGUCACAUUUGGUUGAAGUGUGGGUUUUCAGCAUCCUUCUGCAGGAAAGAAUUAUCAGCAAAACUUCUCUUCAUCUGUAAAGAUUCUGAUGAUUCAUCUGGGCAAUUCUGGAGACAGUGGUGGCUGGAAAUACAGACAGCAUUGCUUGACAUAUGCUAAGUCUGGUAUUCAUACCCAACAUUUGAACUGUGGUAAGUCUGAGAGUCUGAAAGUAAAUUUCACAAAGAAGAGGACCAAAAAGAGUAGAGGUUCAGAGAGUUCCACCAGAUACCAUCUUCACUAACAUUGCCUGGGAACUCCAAGAAAAACAUUGGGGAUCUUGGCUCCCAAAAUUCCUCAGUUUGAAGCCAAGAGGUACUUAUCCCACUUACUGGUAUAAUCAGCUCAAUAAAAAGAAGCUACUACU